AUGAGUGAACGCGUCGGCGAAGAAGAAUCGUUCUCGGUGGCGGACACGAGCACUUCCGGUACGCUGCCCGGGCUGUCGGUAUCAACGGCCGGCGGUACCCGUACGUGCCGAAAGGAUGUAACCGUAAAAUUCCAUCUCAUGAAAGCACAAGUGGUUGCCCACGCCUACCCACGCCACCACACGCUCGAUGAGGUGAAGGAGCACAUUGCGUGCAAAUUUCAGGUGAAAUCGAAAUUCUUGCUGUUGCGCCAGGCCGGUGCGGAAGUGCCCGGUCACCGACGUCUGGAGGAGCUGUGCGUCAGCGAGUAUAACGUGUGCGAUCUGGAGCUGCUGCUGUCCGAGACCGCCCGGGAGGAGAAUGUGCAGCUCAAUCUGAAGCUGUACUAUCGAAAUCUUACCCUUCCCGACAUCAUUACAGUCCGCAUCCCCGGCGAAGAAGGCAAACCAAGCCGCGAUGUGGUGGUGGAAAUAGAGAACCAGGUUAUCACCAAACCGUUCGUCGGUGGCUACAUCAACAAACUGAACAACAUUGAAUAUCACCACGCCUUCACGCAAACGGGUCCACCGGCGGAUCGUUUAGCGCGCGGCGGUACAAAGUUUAGCCGUGACACGCAGACCGUGUGCGAACGGACGACCAUCACCACGAUCCCGCGCACCCAGGCAGUGCAGCACUCCGGGUUGGAUGUGGCGGAGCGUAAAGUUCCGGACGGUCCGUGCCGGAUGGCGCUACCGUACGAAACCGCCCAAGAGUACGAACGGCGCCAAGAUCUCGUUGGCAAAGUGAUGCUGAUACAGCGCAACUUCCGGCGUGCGUUGUGGCAACGGCUCAUCAAAAAGAGUGCCGCCGAAUGGAGGGAGUUGCAGAAGCUGCAGCAGCAAAUUGAAACUGGUGCCGAAAGUUCAAAAACAAUCGCUCACAACAAAACGACCGUCGCCCGAACGUAUCCCAGAACGAACGAAGAGUUUGAUGCGCUGUUCGCGCAAAUACACUGCUGGAAGGAGAACGAGCUGAAGCUGAUAAGGGAAAAAUAUUCCGGCGCACCGAAGAUAGCGGAGAUGAACAUAUUGCUCGACAAGGAAAUUCAGCUGCUGAAUGGCGUCGAACGGCAGCGGCGGGCGAUCCGGCGGGAACAGCUGGAAGAGGUAGUCGAACGGCAGCUGGUCAAAAUCAGUGAACCGAAGCGUUGGGUCGGUUACAACAACCGGAUCAUUGAGAUGGAAACACCGCAAACGCAACGGGCCCGGUUUCUGCUGCUGUACUACCGGCGGCUGAAGAUGGCUCCACCACCCAAUGCCGGCGUUGCUGAUCCUCAAGAGCAUAUGGCACUACUGGACGAGCUGUCGGAUGUAAUCGUGCAGGAAAGUCAUCCCGCAACGGCAGAGUUGGAAAGUUUGCUACAACGGGAACGGCAGCUUUUACUGUCUCAUUUGAAAAUGGAAGAUUUGUCUGUUUUGCGAAAACGCCAGCUAACCUUGCUGGCCGAUAUCAUACGCACCGAUCCGGAAAAGGCACGCGAAAAACCAGUCACUAAACUGUGUCGAAAAUGCAAAAAACUUCGCCCGACGCACGCAUUCACCGUACACACACGACAACGUUCGGCGGAUGUUUGCGGGCAGUGCACUUCGCUGCUCGGCUCUACCGUUGAUAUUGCCGUCUAUCGUUCGAUUCUGCGCGCUAUCCGGCGGGAUGAACGAAAGCGUGGUUCGCUUGCAUCGUAUGCGUUCAUCAUACAGGAGAAUGACAUCAAGCACAUCGUCGAGAACAUCUGGCACGGCCAUUCGGUCAUCUCGAACGAUACGGAUCGUGCUGAUUUGAUGCUUCCGCGCUGGAACGUCGCCCAGGAUUGGUCCCCGUGGAACUGUAUCUGUCUUACCGAGCAGGAAACCCGUGCACAUCUGAAGCUGCAACGGUUGGAUCGCUUUUAUCAACCAAGCGUAAUGAAGGAAAUUCAAAGCAAGCAUGCGUUGGCAAGGUCCGUGUUUGGUCAGCUGCGUGAAAUCGAUCAAGAGUUUACCGAGUCCGGUGAUUGGUGGCAGGUCGGACUGGACGAGAAGUUGGUAUAG